AUGCACCCGGUGUCGAGGGAAGGAACAACCGGGAUCCUGGGUGUCGCGCAGCUCGCCAAUCGCACCUGCCGCACGUUCGGUUGUGUGAGUGAGGCGAGUUUGCAGGAUCGACGCGCCGAUGUCCGCUCGCAAGGCUGUGUUGGCGGAAGGCGCUACCGGCAGCUAGUCGCUGCGCCAAAUCUAGAAACACCGCAAGGCUCAGUGGUGCCAGUCGUUCUCACCCAACUCCGACUUUUCUGA